AAACGAUCGAGCGGCUAAGCAAUUACCAUAUCAUCCAAAGGCCAUCGCGCAAAAGCCGCAGCGUUUCUCCAGCAGGGCAUGUCGGUAAUGAUUGGAGGUCUUCACUCCAUUGUCGUUGCAAGUAGCAUAGUUUUCCUCUUGGCCUUUGCAACCAUGGUCUUUCGGAAGAAGGAUAAGAACUCAUUCGAACCGAAAGACAAGCAUGUCUACAUUACAGGCGGUUCACAAGGCACAGGGCUUGCCCUCGCAAAGCUACUUGCCGAACGAGGGGCGCACGUCACGAUAGUAGCUCGAUCUGUGGAUAAGCUGAAAGCAGCACAACUGGAGAUCUCCGCGUGCAAGUCGAAUGAGGAGCAGAUAAUUCGCUACGAAAGUGCCGAUUUAUGUGUGCCGGACCUAGCGGCUGACGCAAUGAAAAGAGCUGAACAGGAAAUGAAGAAGAAGGUGGAUUAUGUUUUCAUGUGUGCUGGCUCGGCACGUCCUGGUUUCUUCGCAUCAGCCUCACCCGCUGAUCUCGAAAAGGAAAUGCAAACAGACUACUUUACAGCCGCGUACACUGCUCAUGCCGCCGUACAGUCGUUUCUCACCCACUCAUCCCCUGCAUCCUGCCGGCUUGUGUUCGUGUCUUCCGUGUGUGGAUUGAUGGGUCUACCAGGUUACGCAGCAUAUUGCGGUGCCAAGUUUGCUGUCAGGGGAUUAGCUGAAGCUCUCAGAAUGGAGCUAUUAAUGUAUGGCAUCAAGGUUCAUAUCUACUUCCCUGGAACCAUUUACUCCCCGGGAUUGGAAGAGGAAAAUAAGACGAAGCCGCAGCUUACAAAAGAUAUAGAAGGGGCAGAUGAAGGUGUGACUCCCGCAAAGGCUGCUGCAAUUUUGGUGCGAGGGGUAGAGAAGGAGCAUUACAGCAUUAGCUCUGAUUUUACGGGCGAUUUAAUCAGGACUAUGACAAAGGGUGCACCACCAGCAAAUAACGCGUUCAUGGACGGACUAUACUCUUGUAUCGCUUGGAUCGCCAUGCCCAUAUGGAGAAUGGGCGCUGAUGCUAAAGCCGUAAAUGAAGGCAAACGCCUCAAAAAAGCAAACUAGAGACGCUGCCCUUAGAUGGGGAUAACAUAGAAGAACGGAGACAUAUGUCUCUGUAUAGGUUCCAACGGAACCUUAGGCGACUGCCAGUGCAGUGAAAUGGGAGACAUUUGAUUGAAAGUCCAGUUACCGUCAAUCUAGAUUGCACCGAGCUUUGAUGUCUUGACGGGUUCUGGGAGUCGCAUGAAAUAAUCUGGAAGACGAAUUGCGUCACAUCUCCAUGCUGUACAGACAUUAUACCAUAUUCGCCAGUUUUGAUUCCAUACCUCCAUUCUGCGUAAUAUAUCGUACCCAAGGGAACGCUUGGUAGCCACUCUUAUCCACAACCUUGAGAUACCGC